ACGGCGAGAAACAAAUGCAUACCUUUAAUCGAUCGCGCCCUCGCGUCGAGGUUCGAUCACAUCCGUCCUUUGUCCUUUGCGGCCCUACUGAUUUCGUUUUGAUGGCGUUUUCCUUCCGAUUUUCGUGACGUUGAUCGCUGGACAAACGACUCGAGCGUAAAAAAGACCGCAAAAGUUGCAACAUAGGAAGUGACCGAUCCUUUUAACUUUUUAAGAGAGCAGUAUGAAGCAAAACGCGUAGGUUUGCAGCUAAAGGCCAGCGAUCGUCUGUCUCUGUCGGGUCGGCAAGCGAGCUGCUCGGACGCACAGCGCGGUUACUCUCAUGUCAAACUGUUCCAUUCAUUUUUCAGAACAUGGAGUAGAACCAGACAAAUAUGGCGGACGAUAACUUUAAAGUGAGGCUUUUGGAGCGCUUAAAAAUCAAAAUAGGCGAGGCCAAAAACUUACCAACCAGAAGUCAUGGCUCAGCCACCCAAAGGGACGUGUAUUGCACCUUGUCUUUGGACCAGGAGGAAAUCUUCAGAACGUCCACUGUUUACCAAACUCUCAGCCCAUUUUUCGGCGAAGAGUUCCAGUUCGAUGUGCCACGGAACUUCCGGUUCAUUUCCAUCUAUGUCUUCGACCGCGACCGGCAAAACAACAAACAGGAUAAGGUUCUGGGCAAGGUGGCCAUCCGAAGGGAACACUUGGCUUCGUACAACAACAAGGAUCACUGGUUCCCGAUCAAAGCAGUGGACGCAGAUAGCGAAGUUCAGGGCAAAGCCAACAUUGAAAUCAAAUUCGAGCCAGUGUUCAACCGAAGCAAAAACUCCAGUUACAACACCAACACUAGAAAACUGUUUGUGCAAGUGCGGGAGUGUUUAGAUCUGACUUUGAAAAACGGUGCCUGUGAUCCAUAUGCCAUUAUUUCCGUCACCUACACGAAUGGUAAGCGAUUGUCGAAGAGGACUAAAGUGAGGAAAAAAACGACCAGUCCACAGUUCGAGGAAGUGUUUUCGUUCAAUAGUUGUGAGGACAGUGACAUUGACACUGAAAUUUGUGAACUUCUCGUUUCGAUUUGGCACGACACUCCCGGUAUGAGUGACGAUGUGUUUUUGGGAGAAGUCCGAGUGCAGCUUAAAGGAUCCCAACAACAAAGUGUCACCCAUCAGAACGCUUGGUAAGUUCACACUGUAUUUCAGCCUUUAUUGGU